UUAUUAAUUAAUUGGGUAACUUCUGUGUGUGUGUUUUUCAGGAGGAAUUGAAGGAAUGGGAUCAGUAGUGUCUCUUGCUCCUUGCUUGGUGAUGCUAAUGUAAAGAUUACUAUCAUGGAUGAUGCUUUUAACUAUCAGUGAUGGCUUUGAGUGAUUGUCCUCAGGCGUUCUCAUGGAGGUUUGACUGCAUGGGAGCCCUUCCAUUGUAUAUCCCAGGACACCUCAAGGAGAUUUUUGAUGCAGAUUAUCCAAAGGAGAUGCUUCGAUUUAUCUAUUGUCACCAGAGUGGGGAUUACGCAUUGAGAGAAAGAGCGUUUCAGAUCGUACCAGCUGAAGCUUCUAAGAUACUCGGAAUCUUUGAUUGGUCUGGAACCAUCCCGUUGCUUCCUGAAACUGCUAUUUGCAUUUAUGUUUGUAGAUUUUUAUGGGACUCUCUUCACAUCUUUGUGGAGCCUUUCCUUGCAAGGUGGCCGUUAAACAAGCUUGUAAGAGAAAAGGCUCUUCGGGUGGCAAUGGAACACGUUAAUGAUGAGGACGCAAAUAGCAAUUACAUUGCUCGGUCGGUUAUGUAUCUGAUGGAUCGUUGUCUUCUCUGCGCUACAUCUUCAGACCGUCCAGGCACUGGGUUUAAUGUGUGGGAGGGUUCGAACAGAGAAACAUUAGGCUAACACAGUAAUGUCCCUGAUCUUCCUAGUGAGCUAGCAUCUACGUUGGAUCUUCAAAUCGUAA